AUGCAGCCUCUCAUCAGAACGUGCCUUCUCCUUCUGGCUGUCUUCACCGCGGCGACGACCCCGAGCUCCUCCGACGAGACCCUAGGCGAUGAUGGAAGCCAGGUGUACAUCGUGUACCUGGGGCACCUGCCGGAGCCUGAAGAAGCUGAAGAUUUCGCAGCUGUAGAAUUUGCUCACCACGACCUUCUAAACCAGGUCCUCGACGACGACGACGACGGAAGCUCUGCUUCCGACAGGAUCCUCCGUAGUUACAAGAGAAGCUUCAAUGGCUUCGCAGCAUGGCUAACCGAACAAGAGGCCGAUAAACUAUCUAGCAUGGAUGGUAUUGUGUCAAUCUUCCCAAGUAGGACACAUAAGCUUCAGACAACAAGGUCAUGGGAUUUCUUGGGCUUACCUCAAACCCCGCCGGAAGAGCUACCCUUGGAAGGAGAUGUCAUCAUCGGCAUGCUCGACGGCGGCAUAUGGCCCGACUCGCCGUCCUUCUCCGACGACGGCCUCGGUCCACCCCCGAGCAGGUGGAAGGGUGUCUGCCAAAACUUCACCUGCAACAACAAGAUCAUCGGUGCUCGCGCCUACAAUCAAGGAUCCAGCACCGGCGUGUCCCCACUCGACGAGGACGGGCACGGCAGCCACACGGCGUCCACCGCGGCAGGCCGGGCGGUCGGCAACGUCAGCUUCGGUGGCCUGGCCGCCGGCACCGCGCGCGGCGCCGCGCCGGGCGCCCGGCUCGCCGUCUACAAGGUGUGCUGGGAGGACUGCGCCGACGCCGACGUCCUAGCGGGGUUCGACGACGCCAUCGCCGACGGCGUCGACGUCAUCUCCUACUCCGUCGGCCCCGUGUUCCCGCUGCGCUACUUCAAGGAGGCGGCGGCCAUCGGCUCGUUCCACGCCAUGCGCCGCGGCGUGGUCACCUCCGCGGCGGCCGGCAACUCGGGGCUGCACCGGAGCUUCCACGUCUCCAACGUCGCGCCGUGGAUGCUCUCCGUCGCGGCGAGCAGCAUCGACCGCCUGUUCGUCGACCGGAUCGUCCUCGGCAACGGCGACACCAUUGUGGUCAUCUCUGAUCUGAUCCAAUCCAAUCCUGCUACUGAGUCCUGUGAACCAGAUGAUCUGGCUGGAGGUUCAUACGAAGGGAAGAUACUCCUCUGCUUGCCCAAGAACAAGACCGAUCCGAACGAUGGCUCCGGUCCGCUCUCGGCCGGUGCGGCGGGCGCCGUCGUCUUGGAAGAGGCACCUGAUACCCACUUCACCAUGCCUCUCCCCGGACUCGCUGUAACUCGGGACCAGUUCGACGAAAUCAUGGCCUAUGUCAACAGCACUAGCAAUCCUGUGGCUACCAUAGAAAGCACAGAGGCAACGGUGAAUCCACAAGCUCCAGUAGCCGCAUCCUUCUCUUCUCCAGGCCCAAACCUCAUCACCCCCGGGAUCCUGAAGCCUGAUCUAUCUGCGCCGGGGAUCGACAUCAUAGCGGCGUGGUCGCCGGUGGCGUCGCCGAGCGAGGUUCCAGGCGACAAGAGGAAGGUUCUGUACAACAUCGACUCCGGCACGUCCAUGGCGUGCCCGCACGCGAGCGGCGCCGCCGCGUACGUCAAGUCGUUCCACCGCGACUGGUCGCCGGCGAUGAUCAUGUCGGCUCUCAUCACCACCGCCACUCCGAUGAACACGCCGGCCAACUCCGGCUGGACCGCGCUCAAGUACGGCGCCGGGCAGCUCAGCCCGGCCAAGGCGCGCGACCCGGGCCUCGUGUACGACGCGUCGGAGGGCGACUACGUGACCAUGCUGUGCGCGCAGGGGUACAACGCCACGCAGCUCGCGCUCAUCACCGGCUCCAACGCCACGACGGCCUGCGCGAACGUCUCGACGUCAGCGGCCAGCAGCUCCGGCAGCGACCUCAACUACCCGACAAUGGCGGCCCGCGUCGAGCCGGGGAAGAACUUCACCGUGCGGUUCCCGCGCACCGUCACCAACGUCGGAGCUGCCAGCGCCGCGUACGACGCGAAGGUCCUUCUGUCUGCCGAGGAGGCCAAAGGCCUCGCCGUCGAUGUCUCGCCGAGCAAGCUGGAGUUCACCGCGCCGAGCCAGAAGGCCUCGUUCGCCGUGACGGUGUCCGGCGUGGCGCCUGCAGGGCCGAGCCAGGUCCGCUCCGCGGACGUCGUGUGGUACAACGACGAGCACCAGGUGAGGAGCCCGGUGGUGGUGUACACAGCUGACUCCCACAGUUUCGGAGUUUAA